AUUGCUGUCGUCGUCCCCCUCCUCGCUCUUCUGAGCACCUCCGCAUAGAAAGCCCCCUUACAGGGUCUUCUUCUCCACCUCUUACAUCGCGACUUCUGCUUGCGCCUUCUCCAGACAUGUCCGCUAACGUCGAGAAGGAGGCGGGUCCAACCGAGCCCGUCGGAGACAGCAACCAGCCUCCAACUCCCACUGACGCUCCGGAGCCUGAGAAGAAGAAAAAGAGAGAGUACAAGGACUUCGGUCACGAGGAGGCAAAAGCUACGCACGCGAAGGUCGAUAUGUCUCAAAUUCAACUUCGCGCGGAGGAUCUCUACGACAAAGACAAGGUUGACCUGGAGACCAUCGUCGUGGACGAUGUGUUCAAGCUUCUCCAGUGUACGGAAGCGGGUCUCGAUACUGCUGAGGCCCAACGCCGUUUGGAGUUGUUCGGCCCCAACAAGCUCGAAUCAGAGGAACAGAACGCAUUCCUCCAGUUCCUGGGCUUCAUGUGGAAUCCGCUUUCGUGGGUCAUGGAAGCUGCUGCCCUUGUCGCCAUUGUUCUCUCCAACGGAGAGGGUCAGCCUCCGGAUUGGGAAGAUUUUGUCGGCAUCGUCUGUCUGCUAUUCGUCAACUCUCUCAUCGGUUUCUACGAGGAGCGCAACGCCGGUAACGCCGUCAAGGCGCUCAUGGAAUCGCUCGCUCCCAAGGCUAGGGUAAAGCGUGACGGCCAGUGGAAAGACGUCGAGUCCGCCGAGCUCGUUCCCGGUGACAUGAUCGCGUUCAAGAUUGGUGACAUCGUCCCUGCGGACUGUCGUCUUGUUGAGGCCGUCAACGUCUCGAUCGACCAGGCUGCCCUCACGGGUGAGUCGCUUCCUCAGAGCAAGAAGGUUGCCGACCAGUGCUUCUCCGGCUCUACUUGCAAGAAUGGCGAGGCUGAGGGCGUCGUCAUCUCCACCGGUGCCAACACCUUCUUCGGUCGCGCGGCCUCGCUCGUCGGCCAAGAUGACGAUACCACCGGACAUUUGCAGAAGAUUCUCGCUCAGAUCGGGUCUUUCUGCCUUGUCGUGAUCGGUAUCUUCAUCAUUGCCGAGAUUUUCUGCUUGUACGCCGGCUUCCGCUACAACUACCGUCGCGGUAUCAACGACAUCCUCGUCCUUUUGAUCGGUGGUAUCCCCAUUGCCAUGCCCACUGUCUUGUCCGUCACGCUCGCUGUCGGUGCUCAGCAGCUCGCCAAGUACAAAGCCAUCGUCACUCGUAUCACGGCCAUCGAGGAACUUGCCGCCGUCACAAUCCUCUGCUCUGAUAAGACCGGUACGCUUACGACCAACAAGCUCACCAUCGACAAGACCACUCUGAAGACGUACGGCCCCUUCUCCGCUGACGAUGUUAUCCUACUCUCCGCCUACGCUUCUCGUACCGAGAACCAGGACGCCAUCGACGCCUGUGUUGUCGGUACCCUCGGCGAUCCCGCGCGCGCGCGUGCCGGCAUCAAGCUCCUGGACUUCAAGCCCUUCAACCCUGUCGACAAGCGUACCGAAAUCACCUACCUCGAGGAAUCGUCUGGCAAGCUCAAGCGUGUCACUAAGGGCAUGACCGGUAUCAUUAUCGAGCUCUGCACGCGCAACAAGACUUCCGAGCUCGAGGAUCGUCUCGAGGCCGAUGUCGAGGAGUUCGCCGCCCGUGGUCUCCGUGCCCUUGCUGUUGCAUACGAAGAGGUUGAGGGCACCGACCCCGAGGCUGAAGGCAACGGCUUCGAGCUCAUUGGUCUCCUGUCCAUUUUCGACCCCCCUCGUGAGGACACUAAGCAGACUAUCGACGACGCCAUCGGUCUCGGUGUCAGGGUCAAGAUGGUCACCGGUGACCAGCUCGCUAUCGCGAAGGAGACUGGCCGUCGUCUUGGUCUCGGCGACCACAUGUAUCCUGCCAAGGUUCUCAAAGAAGGUCCCGAUCCUAGCUCCCGCUUCCGUACCCUCGACGAGAUGAUUCUCGACGCAGACGGUUUCGCCGGCGUCUUCCCAGAGCACAAGUACGAGAUCGUCAAGCGUCUCCAGGGUCUCGGCCAUCUCUGCGCCAUGACCGGUGACGGCGCCAACGACGCCCCUGCUCUCUCUCGUGCCAACGUCGGUAUCGCCGUCGAGGGCGCCACCGACGCGGCUCGUGGUGCCGCCGAUAUCGUCUUGACUGAGCCCGGUCUGUCCACCAUCGUCCAUGCCAUUCGCGGCUCUCGUGUCAUCUUCCAGCGUAUGCGCAACUACUCGAUCUACGCCUGCGCCGUCACGAUCCGUAUCGUCGUCUGCUUCGCGGUUCUCUCAUUCGCCUUCCAGUUCGACUUCCCACCGUUCAUGGUCCUGAUCAUUGCCCUGCUUAACGACGGUACCAUCAUGACCCUCUCUGUCGACCGUGUCCUGCCUUCCAAUACGCCCGAUAGUUGGAACUUGGCUGAGAUUUUCGCGUACGCCUUUGCUUACGGUAUCUAUCUCACGCUCUCGACGAUCGCCCUGGUCGCUGUAUGCAUUCGUACCACAUUCUUCUUCGACAAGUUCGGCGCGACCUUCACGGACGGCGCGACUACCGCUCGUCACCACCAUAACGACCCUAAGCUCCACACCGUCGUCUAUCUCCAGGUCGCCAUCAUCUCGCAGGCGCUCAUUUUCAUCACGCGUUCGCACGGCUUCUUCUUCAUGGAACGUCCCUCGGCAGCCCUCUUCUUCGCUUUCUGUCUUGCGCAGCUCAUCUCGUCGAUCAUCGCUUCGUACGGCGACUGGGGCUUCACCGAGGUUGCGGCUAUCGAGGGUUCUUGGAUUGGUAUCAUCUGGGUUUGGGACAUCUGCUGGUUCUUGCCUAUGGAUUUCAUCAAGUUCGCGAUGAAGGCUACUAUCAUCAAGUAUCUGCGUAACCGUCAUGCGGCUAGCGUCCGUGAGGAGACUUCGCAAGCAGCCGCGGGCAUUCCCAUCACUCGUACCCAGUCGCGUGCCGCGUCGAUCCACGAGUCGCUUUACUCGAAUCGCGUUGGCUUCCUCCGCCGCGCCGCCCACAGGGUUGGCUUCCGGCAAAAGGUCUCGGUCAAGCCCGACGAGCUUCGCCGCUUCUCAAGUAUUCAGGCCGCACAGACCGGCUCCGUCCUCGCUCGCCACCCUUCGCGUGCUCAGGCAUAGACGUGGAGUCGGAGCAUCGCUUGUCGCUAGCCAUCCUUGUGUUACACGCCCCAUAAUUAUCGUCGUCGAAGGUCAACGCAGCAGCUCCUGGUGUCAUUAUUCUUUUCCUGUCUUAUUACAUUUUUUCUCCUACCGCCGCGCUGUUCGCGCAUGGAUGUUGACAUCGGAUACCCGACCACUCCGUGCUCGUUGACGUUUCUCGUCGAAGGCUGUGUAGCCCUCGUGUGCGGGCUCUGGUUCUGCCUGCGCGACUCUGUCUUGGUCUGGCCUGUGCCUCGUGGUCCUCUUUCACCCCGCCUAUCGCCCUCAACAGACAAUGAUUUGCAUACAUAGCCUUGACACGUCGUUUCUCGUUCACGAUUUCUGUCGCGCAAUUUUCCGCCUUCAUGACUUGACAUGUGGUGUCGGUAGUAAUUCUUCUACGUCGCCCUCAUUGACACAUCGACGACAACUUUUCUUUAUCAUUAGUUAAUGUACAAAGGAAGACGACAAGUAAUAUAGA